ACCAUUGAAGGAAAACGGAGCAGAAGAGCGAAACAUGGCGACUUCGAACAAUCCGCGGAAAUUCAGCGAGAAAAUCGCUUUACAUAACCAGAAGCAGGCGGAGGAGACGGCGGCGUUUGAAGAAGUGAUGAAAGACCUCAGCAUUACGCGGGCAGCGAGGUUACAGUUGCAGAAGACUAAGUAUUUGCAGCUGGGACAGAACCGUGGGCAGUACUACGGAGGAUCUUUGCCAAACGUCAAUCAGAUUGGAAACAGCACUGUGGAUGUGCCUUUUCAGAAUUCAGGGCUUGACACGAACAGAUCGACACGACACCAUGGCUUGGUGGACAGAGUCUACCGGGAUCGGAGCCGCAUCACAUCGCCCCACCGAAAACCUCUGUCAGUCGACAAGCAUGGACGCCAGAUUGACAGCUGUCCAUAUGGCUCAGUAUAUCUGUCACCACCACCUGAUACCAGCUGGAGGAGGACAAACUCGGACUCGGCACUGCAUCAGAGCACACUAACUCCUGCCCAGCAGGCUUCCUUCACUGGAGGAUCACAGGAGCUGCAGCCAAAACGAGUUCUCCUACUCACUGUACCAGGGUCUGAAGCAAUUAAACAAGAGGGUGAUGAAGAUGGACAAGAACAGAACUGGGACUGCAAAAAGAAUAUUUCAAGGUCCAAGCCCUGCAAAGUUCCUGGGAUCCACAUAUUCCCGUCUCCGGAUCAGCAGCUGACCGCUUCACAGAAACCAGCAGCCCACAACACUGGCGGUUCUCUUCCUGACCUGACCAACAUCCAGUUCCCUCCUCCGCUGCCCACCCCACUCGACUCAGAUGAUGCAGCUGCCACCUCGUUCGGCUCCUCGAGCAGCACACAGACUCUGGGGAACACGCAAGGAGUGAACACAUCUCAGCCCACAGUAACCAUGGAAAUCCAGGCUGGACAGGACAACAUGGUUCCGCUUAUCCUCAAUGCAGGAGACUCCCACCAGCACCAGAACCUGCAGCUCUCCCCUACAUCUCCACCCCUCACUCUCUCUCAGGCGGCCAUCAACGCCAUGAACCUUGAGCAGCAGCUGUCCCAGUAUGCCUUCUUCAACCAGCAGCCGUCAUCCCAGACACACCAGAACCAGCAACAGGCAGGUCUGGUCCAGCUGCCGUCCUCUGUGAACUCCUGCUCCACGUCAGACAACCAGACGUCCUCACAAAGCAACAUGACCAUGGACAUGAACACGGCCUCCUCCCUCCAACAGUACCGCAGUAGGGUCGGAUCCUCUGCCAAUCAGUCUCCAACUUCUCCUGUCUCCAAUCAAGGCUUCUCACCUGGAGGCUCGCCUCAACAUAACUCCAUACUGGGCAGCGUGUUUGCAGACUUCUACGACCAGCAGCUGCCUUCCAUUCAGGCUAGUGCUCUCUCACAGCAGUUGGAGCAGUUCAACAUGAUGGAGACUCCCAUCAGCUCUGACGGCCUGUAUAACCAGACCUCCACCCUCAACUACUCCCAGGCACUUAUGAUGGGUUUGACUGGCCAUUGCAACCUUCAGGGCUCGCAGCAGCUGGGCUACAGUAGCCAUGGCAACAUCCCCAACAUCAUUCUCACAGUGAGCGGAGAGUCUCCACCCAGCCUGCCCAAGGACCUGACUGGUUCGCUGCCCACAGAUGUCAGCUUUGAUGUCGACGCCCAGUUCCCGCUGGACGAUCUGAAAAUCGACCCACUGACGCUAGAUGGCCUGCACAUGCUCAAUGACCCGGACAUGGUCCUUGCUGACCCCGCCACAGAGGACGCAUUUCGCCUCGACCGGCUGUAACCAACGCCCCACUCGGCCAUGCGCAUGUGUGUGAACGCUGUUGCCCGGAGGAGGAGGAGAUGUGUGGAGUCGCUGGUCAAAGAAGAGCAUCAGUUCCACACCAACCAACCCAAUCUAACCCCACGAGAGAGCUUUUAAAUCCUGGUAGGAAAAUGCAUUGAAAUGUGUUUGAAGACUGCUGUCGGCUUCCCUUUUACAUGACGACACUCGGUAUGGUAUUAAUGAUGUUCAUGGUUCAGUCACUACUUUUUGCGAAUGAUACAUCCAGUUUUGAUUUGUUUGAGAUGCUUUGUUUUUAUUUAGGGAAGCUUGAGGAAAAUAUCAUGAGGGCGGAAACAGCCUGGUGUCUUAUUGUCCAUCAAUGACUGACUAAACUAUGGCUGCAGAGCAAACCCUUGACAAAUUACAGAAUAACUACAGUAUCACUCGCCUGUUAACAUAGAAGUAGCUUGAUGACUCAGAAGAAACACAUGUCAAAUUUAACCUCCCUCUGUGCCAAGCUAGUUGUUCUCAAUAGUACAUUCAGUUUGGAUAUUAAUAAGGGGUCGACCGAUAUCAGAUCAUUUGUUCAGGAUUUUUCAGAUUAUUGGUAUUUUGAACUGUUGCCAGUAAAUGGAAUGAAAUUAAUUCAAGAAUUUACGUCUUUGGUUGUAAAGCAGCCAAACAACUGAGUAACAGCCUGUUAACACUGAAGGAAUAAUGUUGAAAAGUUCUCUUAUAAUUAGCAGUUCAUCUCAGUUCAGUCCAAAAGUCUCUGAGUCCCAAGAGUCACUGAUGAUUUCACAGUUGCACUAAGGAGCGCAGUUUUUUCCUGUUUGUUUGUAUGUUUGUUUAUUUUUGACAAGAUAUGCUGAAUCUGAACAGUUUAUUUUUGGAUAUUUAAUGAGAUAUUCAUAAUAAAGUAAUUUUGACUAAGUAUUCAUACUUUAAGAUUAAAUUAGGUUGUUUCUCCCUGGGAAGUCACAUGUGAGUAGUUUAUUUACCAUCAAAAAUUUAAUAUCCAAGUUCCUGUUUUUACAGUUUCCUGCUAUAAUAUCAGUGUACUUUUGGUUAUUCCUUUAAAAAUAAUAUGUUUAUCAAACCUGCCAGUGGUUUUUGGGGUUCAGAGGGAUAACAUAACAUACGUAAAAUGUAAAUAAGGGCAUUUCAGUUAAGUUUGUGUUGGAGUUUGUGUUAUUCUAAAAGAUUUUCCCUUUAACUCCUGUAUAUCAGUUCAAAAUAUCAGUUAUCACUGUCCUCGAUGUCUAGUUAUCGAUAUCAGUAUCAGCCCUGGAACAACUGUAUCGGUCGACCACUAAUAAUACUUUUGUGCUAAUAUUGAGCGCUUUGUAAUGGAAGCCCCAGUGAGGCAACGAGUCAUUGUUUUGAAACCUGAUUUAUUCUUAGGAAAUGCUGAAUUUUGAUUUUACCGUGGUAAAUAGCAGUCAUCAUUUAUGCAUGAAAUCACAGAUCACUGUGCAUACUUGUUUUGCCUUAAUAGCUUGACAUUUUGGUUUUCAUGCAAGGAUGACUAUUAUGUAAAUAAGGAGAAACACAUUUUGAAUUAUCAAGUCAUUUUUACUGUUUUACAAGCCUACAUAAUUCACCGUUGCAUUGUCACUACCAUGUCAUUUCUCGUGUUCAUUUAUCAAACCUAAAUGGAUAAAUGAGGUGUUUGUUUUGAAAUAGAUGUUUACAGGCUCGUUUUGUUUAAUAUUUUACAUGUACAGAAUGUGAUUAGAUUUUGCGUAAUGGUAUCUAUGCAAAAUUACAGUGAUGAUUUAGGACUGUAAAAUGAAACAGACACAAUGAACCCUUAUAUUUCAGAAGCCAAUGUGCAAGAUUCUUACAGAAUGCAAAGUGAUGGUGCCAUGUUUCUUUUGAAUUUAUGUUUUGUUGUUGUUUUUUUUUCUUUUUAGAUUAAUUAGUUAGAGAAAAAAGGCUCACUGAGUGUGGCAUACAGUAGAAACUUUCCUGGCUUCCUCCCAAAGAUGUGACCUCAGCAUAGUUAAAAUAUAUAUAUUUUUCCAGACAAUUGAACUGCCUCUAUACUAAAACAGCAUUGUUGAUGCAAUGAGAAUGUAUUUAGGUCACAUCUGUACACUUGUGUUGUUGCCAUCUUGUCAUCCUCAUUGCCUCUCAUAUCAAGCCUUUAUGUCCCGUAGGACCAAAUAUCUUUCACCUGGUAAUUUUUCUCCCUGCAAAGCAGAUAUGAGAUUUGACUUCUAUGUAUGACUUUGUUGGUUUCCUUGGCACUACAGGGACACAGAAUAUCCGUUUCCUUGUCAUGCUCAUCUCGUCUGUGCCCUUUAUCGAUUCGCUCCGGCCUUAGGUUUUGCAUUUAUACGCGUCAUGCUUUUGCUCUUUAAAAUCCUCAGUGAAAUCUGUGUGUUUUUCCGUGAGCGGUUCUUUUGAAUGCACUCUCAGCUGUGUCCCAUAUCUCACCAUGGCACUUUAUGCAUUUGUUUGAAACACUGAUUUAUGAGAGUUUAUAUCCUCCCCCUUUGACUGUUACGUGCACUGGACCUGUUUUCCCUGUCUUUGAUUAAAACUUGCCUUCUUAUUAGGAAAAAAAAGAGAAAUAAAUAUAAAAAAAGCUCUAUUAAAUUAUACUUAUUUUUGAAAACUCAUAUCCAGAGUGUCUAUUUAAAAGAAUUUUUACUUAAUCAGUGUUUUGUUAGACCAAAUUUUGUGGCAGUGGUGAUCACAGGUCCUGUUACUGCAGCUCUUUCUGCUUCUGAUAGCAGGUUUCAGGAAGUUCAACUAGGAAAAUAUUUGUAAUUACUCACUUGAUAGCAAACGAAAAGUUUAUUCUUAAAAGGAUUCAAGAUACAGGAAUAGUGUGAUUUCUCAGAUGAGCGCAUUUGACAUUAUUAUCACAAUACUGUACCAGAUGGGAUUAGUCAGUCCCUGAAAAGUAUUUUACAGAAUUAAUAAUGAAAUGACUAUUGACAUGCUCGUUAAAUAAGUAUAAUUGCUUUUCUAGGACACUAUAUGGCUAUUUUCCAUCAAUGUUCAUUAUUAUGAAAAAGGCUCUUCUGUAGCUGCAGCAUUACGUCUGUUGAUGUGUGUCCAGGUCCUCCUGUGCCAGCAUAUUUCACCUUUAUUCUCACACAAUGUAAAACAAAACUGUUCCCGCAACUAACGUCAAUUUAGUUGAAAUUAACUUGUUACGCUUGAAUAUUUUUUUUCCUUUAAAAAAAAAAAAAAAGAAUACUCUAAUGUUCUGGAUGCAUCACGUUUCUCACUUUUGAUGCAGUGGUUCUGUUUUUUUUCUAUUUUAAUAAUUUUGUGACUGCAUGAAUCUCCGGACAUGUUUUCCCCUUUAUGGCUAGGUUUUUCUUUGCUUGGAAGGGUGGGUUCGGCUUUGUUUGUCUUUUGUUUUUCUUGUUUGCUGAAAUUGUCCUUUUUGUCAGUUUUUUUUUAUUCAUGUGUAGGCUAUGUAUGUAUCCGCUAAGUGAAGCCUAAAAAGCAUCAGAUAUAUGGUAAUCAGCCUUUUAUGCACAUGUAGAAGCUGUUGUUUGGUACUAUGUUUUCUACUGCAAUAUACAGUAUGUGCUUAUUUUCCGUGCAACACCCACAGAGUUUUAUUAUGUCAUGGUAAAUCUAUAGACUAGCUUUGUAUAUCGCUGUAUGGUAGGAACAAUGUUUUUCGUGCUUUAUGUGAUAUGAUGUCAAAGUAAGAAAAUGCACUGAGAAAUACCGUGCUGCAAUAUGUCAUUGUGGCUCUAUAUUCUCUGCUGGACCUCUAGUUUUUCUAGUGAGCCUGACAUCUUUGUGGGUUCUUUUUGUUUUAUUUUAUUUUAUUUUAUUUUUGUGCUCAUGUAGAUAGCUCUGACUGAUGUGUCACCUGUUACUGCCACCUUUUUAUGCAUCAAUGUUCAGGUAUCCAUUGGUGUUAAACCGGUGUUUACAGAGACAAGAGUUUACAACAGAGCAAUGUUAGUUUUUCUCUACCUAAAAUGUUUCAGCUUCGUUAAAUACCGUAUCUGGAGUAACAGACUACGUACGUAUGAACCACUUGCAGUGUAGAUUAGCAAAACAUAAAAAACCAGUAAUGUCAUUUCAAAAAUUAAUUUCAAUAUUCUGACUAUAUAUGGACCUCACCCAUAUGCAGUUUGAGGCCCGGAAAGCACUUUUAAUUUAAUUUACAUAUUUUAAUUCUGCAGAAAUUCCCCUUUAUAUGUACUUGCUAUAAGCAGCUACAUGCCAUUUUAAAAUAAAUAGGUACUGUAUUUAGUUUUGUAGUGAAUCUGUCAUCAGCACUGUAUCUUUUUCUCCUUUCUUUCUGUUUUGGUGUUAAAUCAACAGUUUAACCAAAGUUCAAAACAGCCAUAAGCGAGAGAAUACUGAGACAUUUUAUCCUUGGAACUGUUGAAACACAUCCUCUCCUUUUUUCUUUUUUUUCUCAAAAUGUUUUAAUGAAAUACAAAUUAUUUCAUACUAGAUGUAUGAACUUAUCAAUACAUUGUUUACAUUGAACAUAGUUACUGAAAUUCUUGCAGCGUAACUUAAAGAGGUGACUGAUAAACCCUGUCCAGUACAUGGGAAAUCUCUUUUCUGCAUGAGAGGGAAUUUUGAAAUAUCUUGACAUAUUAUAUUUUGCUUUAAAUUAAGUAUUUAGUUUUGCCUAUGUUUUAUAAAUUCGCUGUCAAACACUAUUUUGUAGUGUAAAAUAACAAUAUACAAGUUAACUGAGAAAUAACAUACAUUAAGACAUUAAGAAAUAACACAAGUAAGAAAUAACAGAUACAAACACUGUACAGUCGGGCUAUAUAUAUAUAGAGAGAGAGAGAGAGCCAGGGAGAGUUAUUAUAUAUGUAGAUUGACUUUGUGAAACAAACACAAGCUGAAUCAGGAAGAUGAAACAGAGUUGUAGUCAUGUAUGGUCACUCGGUGGGUUUUCCACAGCUAUGAAUCCUUUGUGUGCAUUUUUGAGGACAGCCCAGUGCUGGUUCAAGCCUCAUACAAUGGCAGCUAAAAUGUUAUAUAAUGUAUUUUUUGUUUUCUGAGUACAGUGAUACUAUUCCAACCACUGCAAAUGCGUUUUAACUGCUGUGAAGAAGUGCACUGUUCUCCUAUAGUGUAUCCACAGCAACAGGAAACAUCAUGCUCAUAGAAUAUGCAAAGUCUAGCAUUCUGCAACACAGCUUUGGCAAGUUGGUACCUUUUUUGAGCUAACCCUUUAAAAAUGACUGGUUUCAAACCUUGUUCUUCAAAUUGUGCUUUUUCUAUUUUAACUGUUAAAUCGGACCAAAAGAAUUCAAGCCGGCUGUAAAUGUGUGCUAUAUUAAAGAUGAAAUACACUUCUG